UAGAUGCGCUGACUGUUUACGUCACUUCCCUCAUCAACAAAUAUGGCUGCCGCCUCUCAACCUGAAGCUGCAGAAGACGAGCUCCAAUACAUGAUCAAAACUGAGCCAGAACAGGAGGGUAGUCAUGGUUUACCCGCCUGUGGGCACGUCCCAGCUAAGCGGGACCCAGUAGUGCCUCUCAUGUCACCGGUCAGUGGGCAGCAGCCCCUCGCCUGGUCGCCGGAUCACCGCCUGUCCGUGUGUACCGCCAGUUCUCUGUUGAUCAUGGAGAUGCUGUGUGACGUCCGCAGUGACAAACAGCACCUGAUGCUGCACAGGUCGUCCAUCCCUGUCCCGCCUGAACCGUGCAAAAUGCGGGUGGGACCAUCAGCAGAGUUGGCUCAAGUGAUGGAGAAGUUCUCUUCACACCUUGACUUCACAAUCAGGCAGGCUUUUCUGACCAACAGGGUGAUCAAUCCGUCAGUCGGAACCCACAAGGGAAUGAAGUAUGCAAGUUGGUCUCCUUUAGGUUGCGAUGCCGCCGGGCGCUGUCUGCUUGCUUGUUUAACGCUUGAAAACAGGCUUUCCAUCCAUCAUAGCAAAAAGCACCUCGAGUGGAACUUGCUGGUAGAUCUCACCCAGAAGUACGGCGAGCUGCUGAAGGAGCGCGGCUACGCCAGGAAGGACAACAAGCCGACUGAGGCUAACCUGCUGGACUUUGAGGAGCUUCAGCGGCGUUUCCGAAUGCAGACGCCUUUGAAGAUGGAGUGGUCCAGCACGUACACGUUCAGGCAGAUUCAGCCGGAUAACACCUGCGUGGACGUGGAGAUGGUCCUCCUCGCCGUGUUGAUGGAGAACGGUGACCUUGUUUUGUGGAAAUUCUUGCUGCCUUUCACGAAUGGGAAGGAUGUGUUGUUUUUCGACCUGAUUGAGUCCGGCGUGACGGAGCCCAGUGAUUUUGCGUGGUGGGAGUACAAAUCCGAGGAUCGUCAGAUGAGUGGACUGAUCAUUGGCAGUGAGGAAGGUCCGAUUAAGAUCAUACCCGUCCACCUGAAAAGCGUGAAAGGCUACUUCACCCUCAGACACCCGGUCAUCCUGUGGAAGGAUUGUGACAACAUCGCAGUUGAGAACAUCCGGUGCAUCCCGCUGAUGCACCCGGUCCACAAAGCUAGCUGCAGCUUGAUCGUGGCGUCUCGAGGUUGCUACAUUUUCUGGUCUUUACUGGUGAUUUCACCAGCCGGGAUGAACGUGCACAACUCUCACAUAGCAGGACUACACUCCCUCUCUGUGGUGUCCUUAACGAUCGAUCGGCAAAGCGUGGCGCUCUACUCCUGUUCCAUGGACGGCUGGAUCAAAAAGCUAACACCGAUGUUUCAGGGGAGCUCUUUGACGUUCAAACAGGAAGACAUGCCACAGGUUGAGAACCUCACCGGCAGACGGAUCCACGGGAUAGCGGUGAGCCCCAACGGAGCGUACAUUGCUCUUCUCAGCACCCAGGGUUUGGUUGGUAAACACCCCCCCAUCAACAGGACUUACCAGGUCCACUUUGUGACCCUGAAAGCAGCAGACGCUGCUGUAGAGCUGCUGUUGAAGUCCCCGUCUCAGAACUUGUAUAAAAUGACGGACCUGCUGGACUUGGUGAGGUGGGACGUUAUCAAAAACGGCUGCAUUCCUACGUGGCUGGAAGAGGCGCUGGAUCAGAAACUCCAGGAAGCAGACGUACCCUACUUGUGGCGCUUCAAGCUCUUCUUGGUGCGUGUGUUGUACCAGACGGUACAACCUUCUCGUGGCAAUGAUACCUGGAAACCUCGUCCCCGAGAAUCCCAAAUCGCUGAAGAAAAUGAGGUGGAAGCUGUGGAGACGGAAGAGAGUGAGUCUGCACUAGUAGAACGGGAGAGGCAGAGGGCUGAGCUGCAGGCCAGCAUCCACGCCGCCGAGGCUCAUCUGUUGAGGGAGAAUAUGAAGAAAGUGUUGGGGGUGGUGUACCUCAACACCUCCAUUGGACAAAACACCAGCAUCCCCACCUGCGGCCUGAUGGAGUAUCUUUCUAGAGAUGGGAACGACAGAGCAUCAGAGGUGCUGAUCGGCCACAUCAAGAAUAAAAUGAAUAAGCAGACGUUCUCCGAGCGCUGCGCCUUCUGCCAGGCGGUGCUACCCUUCACCGACCACAAAGACACCACGUGUGAAAACGGACACUUGUGGCCCAGGUGUGUGUUGUCAUACCAGGCCUGCCAAACGCUGACGUUCAGACGCUGCCUCCUGCUGGAUAGCAUUGCCAGACUGCCAGAGCCUGAGGAUCCAGAGUGGAUAAAGAAGAUCCUGCAGGCGCCCUGCAUGCUCUGUGAUUCUCCGCUGAUUGAGAACUGACAAACCUCAGUGCUUCCCUUCACAAGUUGAAGCUAAAACUGUUAUUUUUUUAAUUAAAAUGUGCUGUUUUCUGUUAUUUUAUAUGGAUAUAAAGGUGCAAAUAAAACCCUUUUGUUACCCGA